CCGGCGCCGAUGUAAACAAACCAACUCCUCCUUUCCUUCUGGUCACUACGUCACCUCUAACUACUGCAUUAUCAAUAAAUAUAGCGAGAAUAAAAAUGUCCUAGUGGCUUAAAAGGGUGGAGAGAGAGGAGCUAAUUCAAUUAUACUUUAUCAGCGUUUAUAUUGAUUGGAAGGUUAGUUAAUAUACGAUUCAAUGGUCUAUUUGUUUCGCAAAAGCUGAUGUACUUACUGAUGUUUAUAUUAUUUUCUAUGUAAAAGACGACUGGAUGAAACUGGACCCUUAGCCAGAUUACAUAAAUAGUAGCCAUGAUGAAGACAAUAAAGUACAGUUGCUUUAUUUGGAAUCGGAGCUGGAGUUUCAUGUCGAGAUCUUAUGAAGUGUUGCAUUUGUCAAGAAAAGGGAUUUCUUCAUCUGCUUCAAGAGAGAGGGUCUCCAAAGUUCCACAGCAACCUGUGACCACAUCCAUCGAGGAGAGGGAGCUCCCCCCAAAGACCAAAGUAGACCUGAAGUUAGUGCAGCUUCUGGAGAAACUCUCUCUUGUGGACUUUGCAAAUAAGGAGGGUGUGGCCAGACUUGAGGCUGCAAUAGAUUUAGCUGACAGAUUGUGUGCUGUUAACACUGAUGGUGUGGAACCUAUGAUCACUGUGCUGGAGAAUAGGUCCCUUCCUCUUGCGGAUGACGAGGUAACCACAGGUGACAUGAGUGAAGAGCUGUUAGGCUGUGCAGUAAAGACGCUUGAGGAUUACUUUGUCGUUCCUCCAGGCAACAUUGACUUUGCUCAAGACGAAGAAUAUUACCAUAAACUAGGAGAGAAUAAAGAGAAAAAAGCAGUAUAGGAUUCUUAUGGAAAUUGUCAAUGGAAUAUGUAUAGUGUAUAGAUAUAUUGUGAAUAAAGAUUUGUAGAAAAGAGUC